AUGUCCGACAAUGAAGAAACGUUCAAUGAUUCAGAUGUGGAAGGGGAUGAAUUGCUUCAAGAUUGGUCGCUAGCAACUAAAAUUAUUGGUGAUAAUAAGAAUGUGAUACCACUGCGAGGUGAAAAAGAUUACGAGCCAGAUGGUACUGGUAUGCAAGGAUCGAUGCUUUUCAAGGCUAAGAAAGUGAUGUUUGAUGUUCUUCGACAACCUGACAGGGGAACUAUCAUUAAGAAUCAAGUUAAGGCAUAUUAUGAUCUUGAUUUACAUGUUGCAACUAUUAAGUUUCCAAAAGGUACUUUUACCAAUACCGUUGGUAGUCCUAAUUCGGACGGAACCUUAACCUUGCAGUUUCAUGAAUUUGUGUACUUAGUCGAAAGAGGAAGUGUUUCACCAAUUAUUGAUUUGGGUAUUAACGGUGAAAAGGAAGAGUACUUAUUGUCAUUGCAAGAUGUCUAUUCUUUCUUCAAAUCUCAAGAUGAACUGGAUGAGUUCUUUGUGUAUGCCUAUUUGAAAAGAAUGGGCUAUAUCGUGUUUCCAACCAACUGGAAAUAUGGAAAACAACUUUCAGUUUAUAGCAGAUACAACAAAGGGGAAAAUAGAUUCCAGAAUACAUACCUUCUUUUGAACGGAAUUUUUAACCUAUUUACAAACAUCUCCUAUUCAUGGCUUAAAGACUGGGCAACUAAUAUCAACAACAUCAUAAGUUUCCACCCAGUGAAGUUUGCAUCGUCUGGCGCAAUAUUUGAGUCCAUUAACAAGACAAUUACCUUCUACGCUCCUCCUAAAUCUCAAAAACAACUCCUAGAAAGUCAUGGGGUGGAUCUUAACGCUCCCGUGUCGUCAAAUUAUAAGAUUGCAUUUGAUGUAUGGAAACCUAAUCCAUCUUUUAAGAAGAGUAACAGAUAUCUGCCUGAUUUCCAAAUAGUCAUCCAUAAUAAAAACUCCAAGAAAGCGGAAUUUCCAAACCUCAAAGAUUUUAAGGGCAUAUUUCAACGAUUAGAUCAUAAAUUCCCUUUUAUUAAUGAUGUUGAUAUAGCCGAAGAAAAAGUGACAAAAUCAAACAAGACCGGUAAUGUUGAUGCUCAGAGGCAUUUAAAAAGCAGACGUAAGAAUAAUAAAGGAGAUAAAACCUUGAGCUUAUAUGCUCGGAAAAUGAAGAGAAUUAAGGAAGGUUAUCGGAGUUUCCUUUUAGCGGUGAUGGAUGGCGGCUUGGUGAGUAUAGUCAAAAUCACAGAAACGGAUUUUGGAUCUGAAAAUAUAUGGUAUGUUCCAUCACCUAAAAUAGUACAGUGGAAAAAACCAAACCAGAAGAAGAGAAAUUAG